UUUAUUUUUAAAAUCCAAAAGAAAGCUACUCCAAACAAUUAAAACCCAGAAGAGAUUUUUGUAUUAAAAAAACCCAGAAGAGAUCGUCCUCCUCCUCAUUUCUGUAGAUCGCUUUGCCGUCGCUAUUCAUCAUCGCCACCGAUCCGUCGCCGACCCAUCAUCAUCACUAUCUUCGCCACACCAUAAAACUUGUUCCAUUUUUUUUAAGGAGUAACCGGUUCCACACUCUCACUCUACUGUUCAUUCAUUCAUUCCACUCUCCACUGUCCGUAACUAACAACUAAGCUUCGAUACUGUGUUUAAGUAUGGCGUCGGAGGAAGGCUGGUGUGUAGUCACCGGAGGUCGUGGUUUUGCUGCUCGUCAUUUAGUUGAAAUGCUAAUCCGAUUAAACACUUACUGUGUCCGCAUCGCCGAUUUAGGACCAACCAUUGAACUUGAACCCUCCGAACAAUUAGGGCUUCUUGGUCAAGCUUUACACUCCGGUCGCGCUCAAUAUGUCUCCGUCGAUCUCCGCAACAAGGCUCAACUCUUAAAAGCAUUUGAAGGAGUUGAAGCUGUGUUUCAUAUGGCGGCUCCGAAUUCGUCAAUUAACAAUUACCAGCUUCAUUAUUCUGUUAGUGUUGAAGGAACGAAGAAUGUUAUUGAUGCUUGUGUUGAGCUAAAAGUGAAGAGACUCAUUUAUACUAGUUCUCCUAGUGUUGUUUUUGAUGGAGUUCAUGGAAUUAAUAAUGGAAAUGAAUCAUUGCCGUAUCCACCUUCGCAUAAUGAUCAUUACUCAGCAACUAAAGCUGAGGGUGAGGCAUUGGUUUUUAAGGCUAAUGGGACUAGUGGACUGCUAACGUGUUGCAUACGCCCGAGCAGCAUUUUUGGACCCGGUGAUAGACUGUUGGUGCCUUCAUUGGUUGAUGCUGCCAAGGCAGGGAAAUCCAAGUUCAUUAUUGGUGAUGGCAAUAAUGUAUAUGAUUUCACAUAUGUGGAAAAUGUGGCUCAUGCCCAUAUAUGUGCUGACCGAGCUCUUGCUUCAGAGGGAACCAUUUCAGAAAAAGCUGCAGGACAGGCAUAUUUCAUCACAAAUAUGGAAUCUAUAAAGUUUUGGGAGUUCAUGUCUCUAAUUUUGGAAGGUCUUGGAUAUCAAAGACCAAGCAUAAAGAUCCCUGUCUUUGUCAUCAUGCCAAUUGCACAUUUGGUGGAGUGGAUAUAUAGGCUGCUUGGCCCAUACGGGAUGAAGGUGCCUCAGCUGACCCCUUCAAGAAUAAGACUCACAUCUUGCACCAGGUCUUUUGAUUGCUCAAAAGCAAAGGACCGCCUUGACUAUGCACCGAUCAUAACUCUACAGGAGGGCAUACGGAGGACAAUUGAAUCAUAUCCACAUUUGAGGGCCGAAAAUCAACUUAAGUUUGAAAGAGAAGGUCCCUCCAAAGCUUCUGUAUAUCUUGGAAGUGGAAGAGUUGCUGACACGUUGCUUUGGAAGGAUAAAAAACAAACUUUCACUACAUUGUUAGUCUUGAUAGCAAUAUAUGUCAACUUCAUCGCAUCUGAGAAUACCUUCAUUACUGCUCUUACAAAGCUUCUAUUGUACUCAUCAAUCGGUUUAUUCAUUCAUGGCAUUCUUCCUGCAAGAAUAUUGGGGUACACUGUUGAGAAAAUGCCCACUUCAUGGUUUCACUUAUCAGAAGAUAUGUCAGAUCAAAUUGCUCUCUCUGUAGCCUCAUCGUGGAAUUUUGCUGUGAAUGUUUUAAAAUCCCUUGCAGAAGGGAAUAACUGGGAGUUGUUCUUCGAGGUUGUUUUCUCUUUGUUCGUUCUUAGCUUCUUGGGAGCCUUUUCACUUAAGAGCUUGUAUACUAUAGGACUUAUCUUAGCAUUUAUAGCUUUCUACGUCUAUGAAAAGAAGGAAGAAGACAUUGACAGCUUAUUUAUUAAAACCCAUACUUUUGGAUGCAAAUUGAAAUCUGAUCUCACCAAGAAGUUUCUUACUUCAAAGAAGAUUGAUUGACAGUUUUUUCUUCUUCUGGUCUGUAAGAUUGAUUUAUAGCUUCUAGCCCUAAAUUUUUCUUAGAUGAGUGGGCUGAUGCAUCUUCAUUUACUCCAUGUUGGAGUUCUCUGUAUCAUUGUACAAUUAUUGUAAUGUAAUUUGAUAUUCAGUAAAGACUCUUUUUAGCGGUUGCAU